GGAUUGCUUAGGCAGUACCAGUUUAUACCUUUUGUUUCAGGGGCAUCCUCUUCCAGGUGUCUCAUUUCAAGUGCUGUUAUCUGGCCACCCUAUUUAUCAAAUACCUCUUUGCACUUUUCAAGAUGGUGGGUCCUUUUGGUGGUGAAACUUGUGCCAUAGGCUUAUGUUGGCUGGAGGUGGGUAUAAAUCUCAUCUCUGGCACUUACUAGAAAACGUGAUCAGGACAAGUUACCAAGACCUCUGUAAGCAUUCUUAUGUGGCUGCUGUGCUCAAAACAGCGACAAUCUUGAAUAUGGACUUUUUCAGUAAUAUCCAUGUGUCAGUACUUAUAACCCUAUCAAGAUUUUGUCGGGGGGAAGAUAUGUCUAGGGCAGUAGGGUUUAAAUAUUCCAGAGUUGUUAAAUCUCUAGGUCUUCCGUAUUAGAGAUCACACAACCAAAUGUAAGGGCAGAGUUCUUGCUACUUGGCAGUUUCAGCUAGUUAUCAAUAGAAAGGCUAAAGGUAACAAAAAUUGGACUCCAGCCUCAUCAUUUGUCUCUUCCAGGGAGAAGAGGAGAGCAGGCACAGCAGAGCAUGAGGAUGGGACUUUUGUGGUGUGUGAUGAGUCUCUACUUCUAUGGGAUCCUACAAAGUGAUGCCUCAGAACGCUGUGAUGAUUGGGGACUUGAUACCAUGAGGCAGAUCCAAGUGUUUGAAGAUGAGCCAGCUCGCAUCAAGUGCCCACUCUUUGAACAUUUCUUGAAAUACAACUACAGCACAGCUCACUCGGCGGGCCUUACUCUGAUCUGGUAUUGGACGAGGCAGGACCGGGACCUGGAGGAGCCGAUUAACUUCCGCCUCCCUGACAACCGCAUCAGUAAGGAGAAAGACGUGCUCUGGUUCCGACCCACCCUCCUCAAUGACACGGGCAACUACACCUGCAUGUUAAGGAAUACCACAUACUGCAGCAAAGUUGCGUUUCCUCUGGAAGUGGUUCAGAAAGACAGCUGCUUCAAUUCCUCCAUGAAACUCCCACUGCAUAAACUGUAUAUAGAGUAUGGUGUUCAGAAGAUCACAUGUCCAAAUGUAGAUGGAUUCUUUCCUUCCACUGUCAAACCAACCAUCACUUGGUACAUGGGCUGUCAGAAAAUAGAGGAUUUUAAUAAUGUGAUACCUGACGGCCUGAAAUUGAGUUUUCUCAUAGCCUUGGUUUCAAACAAUGGAGAUUAUACAUGUGUUGUUACAUAUCAAGAAAAUGGGCGUACCUUCCAUCUCACUAGGACUCUGAGUGUAAAGGUGGUAGGCUCUCCAAAAGACGCAUUGCCUCCUCAGAUCUAUUCACCCAAUGAUCUUGUGGUCUACGAGAAAGAACCGGGAGAGGAGCUACUCAUCCCCUGUACAGUCUAUUUCACUUUCCUGAAGGAUGCUCGCAAUGAGGUUUGGUGGACCAUUGACGGAAAAAAGCCAGACGACACCAAUAUCGAUGUAACUGUUAAUGAAAGUGUAAGUUUGACUGCAACUGAAGAUGAAACAAGAACUCACAUUUUGAACAUCAAAAAAGUUACUGCUGAGGAUCUCAAGCGCAACUAUGUCUGUCACGCUAGAAACGCCAAAGGGGAGGUUGACAAAGCAGCCAAGGUGAAACAGAAAGGUAAUGGAUGCACUCAGCAGAUGCGUCUGUGAACUCCAAAUGUAACAAUGUGGUGAAUAAGGAAAAUGAGAAGACAGUGCUCCAGCACCUAGCACCUCUGGCACAUAGUAAUGAAUCAAAGGUGAAUUGAAAAAAUCUUGAGGGAAAGUUUCCAUCUAUGUGAAGACACUCGAAAUGUUGUUUCUCAUACUUUUAGCAACUUAGUGCACAUAUGUGGCCAAAAAAUCCAUUUGAUUAUGAAAAUGAGGCAUAAUUUUAUAUCAGUACAGUCAUGAAAAAUGAAAAAUAAAGAAAAUAUUUAAAGCUACCAAAGACAUAGAGACUCUAUAGUGCUAGAGUCACAUAUAAUUGUUGGCUUGUAAAGACCUUUUUAGAAAUCAUUGAUGGCAGAGUUCAAGGGCCAUAAAAAUGACCAUACCAUAUGACUUAAUACUUUUGGAAUUUUUCCUGAACAAAUAACAGAAAGAGAAUUAUGUACCCAUUGCUAUUCUUAGAAGCAUUAUCUAUAAUAAUGAAACAUUAUAAAUAGCAACCAUCUAAUUAUAUUCAAGUAGUUAAGUAAAAUAUAAACUAUUUUUUCUCAAAAAUGUAAUUUUAAAAUGAUCAUUAUAAAUACUAUGUAUCAGUAUUCAAACAGAUUUAGAACAUACCACUAGCCACAAUUGCUAAAAUGAAAAUUAUUUAAACUAUGACUUAAGGAUUUCUAUGUUGAUAUUACUAAUUUUUUCUACAAUAAAUAAAAGUGAUAAAGCUC